AAAUGCUUCCGUGGCAACCAGCUCCUCCUCUGCCAUCCCCGAAGGCCCUCCUGAGGAACAGGCUCCAAGGCUCUGGUUUUCCUGUUGCCCUCCAAAGGGAAGGUUCCAGGGAGAGCCUGGGGUGGCUGCGAUGGAUCUGGGGUCGGGCAGCAGCCAGGGUGGGGACUCGGAGACCACCUUCCAGCUGUGGCUGCAGCUUCUCCUCUGGGCCCACCUGGCAGUCCGUUUCCUGGGCUACCUGCGCCAAACCCUCUGGGGGCCUAAGCCACAGCCAACACCCUGAUCCUCCCUGGCCAGGAGCAGAUUGGCUCCCUGAUCACCCCCAUCCCACCCCCAUCCCAUCCUCUGCUGGAAGGGGCAGGAAGCAGAGGUGAGUGUGGGGGCUCCUGGCUGCCCCCUCCCACCGUUAUCCCUCUUUAUCUGCCUGCUCUUCCUAGUACUACUUUCCCUCUCCUCCACCCCACCCUCAAAUCUGGCAAGUUGAUAACACUGCCAUAGCACCAGAGUUGAUAUAGCCUGGGCUCUUCCGUGCUUUGUGAGGCCAGAGAAGAGCCUUGCUAGGGGCAAGGGCCCUCUGAAGCCCCUCAGUGGGGUGACAGCAGAUAGCCAGAGCUCACACCCACUGAGUUGCCCACUGCGUCAGGAGCAUUUGGAGAACAAGGGAGGAAGCAGGAUUAGGCAUUCUCUUGGUUUCCUCCCAAGCCCACUCCUCUCUUCCUUCUUUUUGGGUGAGAGUGGAGUCCCAAGAGGGUACCUUCUCCUCACACCUUCAUCCAGAAUUUGGCAUGGAUCUGUUUGGGGGUUUCUGAGGAAGGUGCUGUGUGCUGAGAAGGCUUUGCUAGUGAAAGCAUUGGAGGUGAUUCAAUCCCCAGGCACAGAAAGGUCUCUUGGCCACUUGGCCCUGCCAGGUGCCAGCCUGGGGCUCCUGGCCACUCCAGUGCCUGCCUCCUUUGGGCCUGGGUCACUCUGCAGGGUUCUCCUGGCCAGCAGUGUCUCCUCCAACUGCCACUCUCCUAGCCCCACAGCGGGGGCUAGGGAGCACUGAGGGAGAGCCUUGUGGGCAGUGGGGAGAGCGGGCUGCCCAUGAGGCUGUGAGGGGUUCCUGGCACUGCAUGCAGGUGGGGACAGACAGAUGACAAGCACGGCCAAAGUGUAGGUGUGCAGGGCCAGUGUGAAAACGGUCCCCAAAACAUGGGAGGUUGAGGGCAGCUCUGCUCGAGGCGUCCCUGAUGCAUUGUGACCAGCGCUAUAACCACCGAGUUGGUAGUGACGUGACACAGUUAAUCUCAUGGGCAGCAGGGUCAGGCCCAGUGACUCAGCAUCUGGCUCUCCUCUGGGAGUCUCAGUCUUCUCACCUGUAUAAUGGGAAUAAUAGCUGCUUUUUCUACCCAGCAGGGUCAGAAUUAGCAUAGAAAACGCUCAGCACAAGAUCAAGGAACUGGUGGGGGUUACACAGACAUGUCCGUAACAUAAGACCCCAUAUCGGGCUCUGUAUUUGAGAUUCGAGCACUUGGUCCAUCUCUGUGUAUUUUAUAACUCAAUUUUGAAAAACACUUAAAAGCAGACUUAAUAGCAAACAUUUCUAUAGCACUAACCUAUGCCCGCCACCAUUCAGUCCUCUCUACAAAACAAAAAAAAAAUCCUUUGCUGUCAAGCUGAUUCUGACUCUUAGUGACCCUACAGGACAGAGUAGAACUGCCCCAUAGGGCUUCCAUGGAGCGCCUUGGAUUCAAACUGCCGUCCUUUUGGUUACCAGCUGAACUCUUAAUCUCUAUGUCACCAGGGUUUCCCUCCACAAAGAUGAAUUCAUUUAAUCCUCACAGCCAGUUUUCGAGGUCAUUCCUAUUAUUGUCCCCAUUUUACAGAUGAGGAAAACCGAGGCCCAGAAAGGUGAGGUCAGUUGCCUAAAAUCUCACAGCUCGUCAGGGACCAGGCCUGGAUCUGGACACAAUCCCAGAGUCCUGGCCCUUAUCCAUUUUGCUGGGCUUCCUCUCAGCGUUGGCUAGAACAGCUGCUUUCAAGCCUCACUUUCUUGGGCUGUCAAGUGGGGAGAAUGGGUAAAAGGUUGGCAGGCAAAUCAAACGAGAUGUGUAGAUGAAACAGCCAGCCAGGGCCUGCAGGGGAAGUCUUCAAGGUUAACAGAAGGGUGAUGUUUACCUUGGGGUGCUGUGGGGCCCCUGGGGGCAGGUAUUGGACAAGGUUUUGUGGAGGUAGCUUCCCUUGAACCAGCUAUGAGUCAAGGGCCUUGCCAUAGGCAAAUGCCUGCUGGAAGCCAGGGCAACAGCUGAGUCCCCCAAGGGUGCCUGCUAGCUGAGCCCCGCAAGGGCGCCUGCUACCGGAGCCCCAGAGGCCUCUACCCCAGGCCCAGCCUCCCCAGAGAAGGGGCUGGAGGAGCGGCCAAAU